AAAAAAGAAUAAAAAAUUUUAAAAACGUUUAGUUUGUAAAUAACUUUUGUGAUGUGAUUACGGGUUGUACGGAAAACAAAUUUCAAUUCACUUAAAAAUAUAUGAAAUGAAAAAACAAUAUGAACACAAAAUUUGCGAAUAAACGAAUAAAGCAUAGUUUUACCAUAUACCGAAAAGGGUAAAAUAAAGUUUCUGCAAACGCUACACAUAGAUUACGUGCGUUUUAAUUACGCCAUUUCCAUGCAAUUUCUCCGCACGUGUUGUCACAUGAAAUGAAUUUGAUUGAAAAGAAAAUGUAAAAAAUUUCAAAUAAAAAAAGUACAGUAAAUGAAUUUUGAUUUCAUUCAUCAAUAAGUGAAGAAAUGCAAUGAAUGACGACGAUAUGAGCAGGAUUGUUUGUGAGCAGAAUGAAUUUUAACAAUAUCCUAAAACUAUGCAAUAAAAAUCGACAUGACAUCUGAAAAAGUUAUAUUGCGACGUGAACAGGCGGCUAAAAAUGGUGAGGAAUAUAGAGCACCUCCUCCUCGGGUACGGGGUCAAAGCACCUAUUUAACGCUUCUCAGCUCUCUGGCUACCGACUUGGAUAUGAUGCUUAACGAUUUAAGAUCAUCGCCGAGUUCAAGAUUGGGAGCCACAUCUACUGCCUCCCAACACCAUCAUCUUCAUCAUCAUCAACCUCAUCAUCAUUCACAAUCUACCGCUACUUAUACACCCCUAUCACUCGGUAUUGGCACAAGCAGUAACAUUGCUGGCAUUAAUAGAAACAGUCAGACAACACAACCAAAUUAUUCAAAUUACUCGCAAAGUUCAUCAACGCUUUGCGAUUAUCGAAGUUACCAGCAACAGUGUGAGUACACUUACCAUAGCAGGCAAGACAUAGCAGAGAAGAAGCAGCAGCAACAGCAACAUCAAAAUCAAUAUAUUGUAGACCAACAACAGCAAAAACAACAACAACAACAAAAUGAACAACAGCAAUUAAAUCGUAGUGUAGAGCAAGUGCAACAAAAUCAUUAUGAAUUACAAUUCAAUCAGAAAAUCUGCACUGAUGCGAAUCAGAGCAAUGAUACGAACAACAACAAUAACAAUGGCAGUAAUGGCAAUUGCGAACUGAAUAGAAUUAACAACGGAAAUGUUAUAACCACCGGACGUCUAGGCAUACAACAUACGCAACCUAUAAAUGCAUUAGAAAGUAAUAUAAAUAUAUCAAGGAGCAGUUGUUGCAGUUCACCAUCGAAAUCAUUAUCAACAUUAACGUCAUCGUCAUCGUCAUCAUCAUCGUCAUUCCAAACAUUCUCCACUGAUGUUACACGAAUUUCCAGACUGCCAUUAUAUACAUAUCAACGCAAGCAAUUGCAACAACCGCAAACGCUGCACAUAAAAUUGCUGCCACAACAACAGGCCUUAAAGGCAUUAACAUCACAAAUAACUGCCAAAGAGAAUGUGGUCAAGCAUACUCCCAGUGUCUGUGCAGCGACCACCACUAACAUCUGUAACAAUAUUUCUAGCACAUCGUUUCAAACCAUCACAACUACAACAAUAACAACAGCACUUGCAAAUCCUUCAUUCAUCUCAUCGUCAUCGUCAACAGAUUUUAGAAUCAAAUCAAUUUCAGCAUCAACAUCAUCGUCAUCGUUAGUAUCAUUAUCAUCGCCACCUAGUAAAAGCUCCAAUCGUUUGUAUAAAUUCCGCAACUCCGACACCAGCAACGCCAGUAGUUGGUUACCAUCAUCGUCAAAUUUUCUCAGGAAACGAAUCCAACAUCACGCAGCAAAUGUCCGCAAAGUUGAAAAAAGUAAGGACAACGUAAAAGUAUUUUGUAAUGAAAAGGCUAUUGAAGCCUUUAAUAAAUGCAAUAUAAAUCAUUCCAAACACUUUAACACUCUCGCCCAUCAUAAGCAACCAUAUCAGUGCCGUUUAUUCAGCAGUGCUUCAACAAAGACCUUAUAA